AUGAAGCAGGUGGUGGCGAGCGUGUGUGACAAACAAGCCGUGCGGGAAGCCAUGAAGGGCGUCGACGCGGUGAUCCACUGCGCAGCGCUUGUUCCUGUCACUCUCAUCGAAGACGCAGAUGCGAUGGAAAAAGUCAACGUGCAGGGUACACGGAACGUGGUGGACGCCUGCCUGGAAGAGAGUGUAACGUACCUCGUCUACACGGGAAGCGUCGGCGUGAUUCUAGAUGGAGCCACACGUGCUCACGAGGGCCCGUACGCCGAGACGAAAGCACUGGCUGAAAGCUCGUGUGUGAUGCCAGCGGAAGCUCUCAGAAAUGGGCUACGUCGGCUGCAUACCAUCGUCAUCCGGCUGCCACUAAUGUACGGAGAGCUGGAUCAUGUUUUUGUCCCGUCGUUGGUCAGGUGGUCUAAGAGAAUGUUCAACGUCUUCUUUAGACUGGGAACGGGGUUUCCGGUUAUCUACGCGGGCAACGCGGCCUCCCUCCACGUUCGCGCACUGGAUGCCAUGUGCGAGGACUCGACGCUGUCCGGCCUCUGCGUCGCGGCGGUCGAUGACACGCCCGUCGACGGAGUCGCCUUUCUGUCACCCCUGGUCGUGGGACACGGCAUAAGUGUUUCCAAGGGAGCAGUGCCCUAUCCGUUGGCCAUAGCCUUCGCUGUGUGCACCAGGGGCAUCGCCAAAGCGCUCGCGCCGCUGUUCCCCGGCGUUCGCGUAGCCAUGUUGCCAAAGCCAUCGGAUGUCCGAUUCAUGUACAAGGGGGCCUUCUUCAACGGGUCUGAAGCCAAGGAGGUACUCGCUUGGAGGCCCAAGUAUUCGCCACAGGAGGCUGUCCGAAUGUCGCGCUCGUUCUACGAUGCGCUGUGACGAUGGUGUGAACAGGUAAAGUGCGGUUCACGAGAUAAGGCGCUGAGCAAAGCUUCACGGGCCGUCCAAUCACCCUCAGAAAGCGGAUCGAAGAAGCGUACGCUGCCGAUGCUCACCGCUGGAGCAAGCCAAUAAGGCAGAAGCUGGUGGACAGCGCUAGUGGCACCUGAAUUCCAAUGGCGGUUCAUGGGUAUCAAAAG